AGGCUUGGCAUACCGGAAGAAAAAGAUCCAUCCGUAAUCCAAAUUCGAAUUGAAUUUUUACAAUCGCCCUGAAUAUAAACAGUGGUAGUCUAUCUACGGCAAGAAAGUUGUAUAGGCGUUGCCCAGUGUCUUCUACUGUAGAAUUAAAGUGAUUGACGAUGUCGUAUCCAAAGGCUGAGAUGGCAGGAGGAGGGCAGCCUGGGGCACCAGUUCAGGCCCAACCAGCCGCGGCAGAUGGUUUCACAAAUUUAUUUCCCGUACAUCCAGCUAUGCCAGGAGCUCCAGGAGGCUGGAUGCAAGCACCGACUCAGGUCCCCGCCAACUGUCCUAAAGGGCUGGAAUACUUGGCUCAGGUGGAUCAGCUGCUGGUCAAACAGAAAGUAGAGGCACUGGAAGCAUUUACUGGAUUUGAGACAAACAACAAAUAUGAGAUUCUGAAUUCUAUGGGACAGAGAGUUUUCCAUGCUGUGGAAGAUACUUGCUGCUGUACGCGUAACUGCUGUGGAAGUUCCAGGCCGUUUGACAUGAAGAUUCUAAACAACCAAAACCAGGAGGUGGUCCACCUGUCUAGACCCCUCAGGUGUAGCUCCUGUUGGUUUCCGUGUUGUCUGCAGAGAGUGACGGUGGAGGCGCCCCCUGGGAAGGUGGCAGGGUAUGUAACUCAGUCUUGGAGUUUGUGUAAGCCUCGUAUAAGGAUUGAGAAUGCCAACGAGGAGACCGUACUAAGGAUUAAAGGACCGUGCUGUCAGCUGAACAUCUGUGGAGACAUUGAGUUUGAUGUGUAUGCGCCUGAUGAGGAAACUUAUGUGGGACGUGUCACUAAGCAGUGGUCAGGACUGGGUAAGGAGCUCUUCACUGAUGCAGACAACUUUGGAAUAUCAUUUCCCCUGGAUCUUGACGUUAAUGUCAAGGCUACUCUGCUGGGAGCUGUCUUCCUCUUGGACUUCAUGUUCUUUGAAAACAACACAAAGAAAGAUGAUAAAAUGUCAAAAUCUGGAUAUGUUUGAGUGUAAGUUGUUUUAUUGCUAAAUUUAAUCAGGCUUCCUCCCUUACAAAUUGCUAGAACAAAGCUAGUGCUUAUUUUAUCUUGUUCUUGGUGCAAAUUUUUGUAUUGAGAAUACUCCUAGGGCUUGUUUUAUCCUAUAUAUAAUCAUGCAAUCAGAUUUUCUGUAUUAAGAAUGCAGCAAAGUUCUUGAAAAUAAUGAUAAAAUGGUUCUAAAAAUAAUAUAAAAAGUUGCUGUUUAUUUAUUACAAUAAUCUGCUAAUGGCUGUGAUUUGAAUACAUUUCUUUUGAAAAUUCUGAUAGUUAUUAAAAUAUGGCAUGCAUAUAGUGAAAGAAAAAACAUUAACAACAAACCGAAUAAUAUAAAUCUCUUUCCUUUUACCCUUCCAAACAAUGAAAUGCUACCAUCACUUUCCAAGGAAAGUAUUACAACUCAAGUUUUCAAAAACUCUAAAAAUCAUAUAUUAGACAAAAUGCAUUAAAAUAGAAUGAAUUGCUUUUGACUAUCACUGAAUAUGCACCAACCAUCUAAAUGUGAAACACAAUGCAUGAUACGUGUAUCUUUUUUAACUGUAAAUGUUGAAAUCUUUUCUUUUGGUUUUGGUUACCAUGUAAUCAAGUGUCUGUUGACAGAUGUUUUUGUAAUUGUUGUUUCAGCUAAUGGAUCAUAAUUAUUUCAUCUGUUUCGGGUGUAUUACUUUUCCGCAAAUUUUGAAUGUUAUAUUCGCUUUUCCACAAAAAGUGUUGUUACGUUUCCACAAAUAAAUAUACAGCUAUCAUUAUGUUUCCACAUUUCACCUGUGGCCAAAAGUUCAGCUUACGGGAUUAAAAGAUCUUGUGUGUCUGCAGAAUCUAAGACUAGGUUUCCACCACAAAUUUGGGCAGCAACUCCAGAUAUUGGGGGAAAGUGCACUUCAAAUGAGCCAGAGUCUACUUAUACCCAUGUCAGUUUUGUAUUCUAUUCACACCCAAAUAUAUUUGUAUUCAUGGACGUGUUGCAAAACCCCCAAACAACUUACAUCAAAAUCAUGUCUCUGACAGCACCAGCAACUUUAUGCAAAAGUGACAAAGAAAACUUGACUUUUUUAUACAGAAUACAUGUAUAUGUGAAAUGUAUGAAACACGGAAGUUUUUCUGAUUGAUUUUUAAGGGCUGUGGGGUACAAGUUUGGUGCCUAAACAGACAUAUAAGAUGUUUUGGAUUAAAAUUUAUACAUAUACGCUGCAGGACUAACUCCUAUUUGUUCCUACGUGAAUUAAUAGUGGACAGGAAACCAUCCAGUCCAACAAAUCCAGUCAUAUAAAUUGAGAAAUAAAAAUAAAACGACACAGACACAAAUAAAUGCAACAUCAAUAGAUUACAAAGAUGCAAAUAAAUGAAAACUUGUGUGCAUUACAACUUCUAACACAGGCAUGUAGAACUGUCACAUUACAAAUAACUGCCAGAUUUACUUCAAUUUUCACAAGGAUAGAUAUGCACUGUGGAAAUUUCAGCCAACCCAAUAUUUGUAAACAAAAGUUUGGUUAGUUAGGUAGGUUAGUUGUGACUAAUGUAAAUUUACAAAGUUUCAUGAUAUUAUUAGUUAGUUGUGACUAGUGACUUUUUCCAACAAUUUCAUAAAUUCUAAGAAUUAAAAUAAUUCCAGAUUCCAAUAAUACUCUAUUAUAUACCAUUUAGAACAUUUUAUGUAGUGCUACUGCCUAGAAAAAAGAAUGAAUGCAAGUAUUUCAUGCAGUGCUGUAUGUUGUAUUGUCAGAAUUUUAAAAUAAAAUAUGCCUUAGAAAUACUAUGUUUUUACAAGUAAUCCAGGUAAGAAUGCUUUGUAUUUACCUGUAUUCCAGGUAAGAUGUUUGCAGAACUGUAUUGACAUAUUUUUUGCAGAAUAGUAGGAAAAAAAUCAUGGAAUCGUAACAUUUUUUGCGGAAAUGUAAUAUCAAUUUGCGGAAACGUGGUGCACUGGGUUGAUAAUAUAAUUUUUGUAUUCGUUGUUUCUGUUGUUAGGCAGAUAAAUUCGUAAUUGGUAUUUUCGAAACCAGUAGCACUAGGGAAAACUUAUUGCUAGCUAUAUUAAAGAAAUAGAAUGAUAUGUAUCCAUGUCUUCAGUAUAUUUUAAUGCAUGCAUUGACAAUAGUUUUUGUUUUACUUUAUAAUUGAAGGAUAAACAUAGCAUGCAUGGUUCUUACUAGGUUUGUAUACUGAACAUGUACGAUUUCCACACAUGCACCCCUGGGUAGCACGUUAGGACUUGUUGUCUUCUCAGCACCCUGGGAUAAAAUAUCUGUCAAUGAAAUAUCUAACUUCACUUCCAUCAAAUAGCAUUUAAUGUUUGAUUUGUUAACAAGUGUCUGUCUGUCUGGCGGCUUUCCUUUGUGGAGAUGUCAGAAGUCACUACAUUCACGUGAAAGACUUGGAAACACAAAUAAAAUCCAAGUCCACAUAUAAAAAAAGUAGCACAAAUUGAUGGUGUGUGUGAUUCAUGUCCUUAUCAAUUCGAAAUGUUUCUCUUGUUUGAUGAAUUUUGAUGAAUUCUAAUGCUUUGGGUUUUUAUUUUUAACUUUUUGGGCCAUCUCUUUUCCAGAAACACGACCACCACUAGAUGGCUGCAGAGUUGUGUCCAGUUUUUUCUUGACCACAGGGUACUGAGCCAUUUUAUAAUCUCCAUCAUCACUUAUGAAACUGGACCGCCCACUGCUUGUCGAACUUUUCACCAUCUCAGUGGACAUGCUGCUAUUUACACAAAUCUAUGUCUGCCUUCUUAGUGUUUUACAUUGAUCCCACAGAAUUUCCCGGUAGAUUUCUUUAAAUGUGUAACUUUAAAAAAUUUCAAGGCUGGUCAUCAUAUAUAUAAGGCAUCAGUAUUAUGAUUUGAAUAUGUCAUAGAUAUUCAAGGAUAUCCUUCAGUCUUUUGUGUUAGAUUAGGCUACUUGAUAAUUUUUACCAUAAUAGUUCCCAACCAUAAAAACUGACUUUGCACUUACUACAUGCUAAUAUGUAUCGGUACCUGCACUGUGAAACAGAGUUGGUGAUGUGUCAUUCAGCUACUAAGCUAGGAUACUAGAUAGCUCUUACGUGGAAGAUGCAGCUAACACAUUCACAUAUCUUGGUUUUUAUUUUAGUUUAACUGUGGAUUUAUCUGCAUGAUAUUUGGAAUAUGAUAAUUCUCCUAGCUGUUUGGACGGUCUUGACCUCCUCCUGUGUACAUGUAUAAAGAAUUACGAAUCGUAUUAUUAUGAUAUUCAUGCUGCAGCAUUGUUUUUGUAUACAGAGACCAAAGCUGAUUGUACAAUUUGCUCAUGUUAUAAAAGAGAAUAUAUCAUAUUUAUAUGCAUCAACUUAUGUUCAUUUGGUUUCAGUAAUAUUAUACAUUUGUUAUAUUCAUAUUGUUUAUUUUAUUUGGUCUUUUAAACCUCGCGUGUUUUAUUUGCCCUGAAAUUUUUACUGAGGAUUUUUUUUAAAAAUUUAUGAUUUCAGUGUUUUAUAUGUUUUAAGGAGAUACAAUGAAGAAAAUCGUAUUAUAAGAAUCAUUCUGUUCAGUCCGAAGAAAACAAUUCAAAUUAGAGUCCAAAACCGUUCAGUGAAUGUUGUAGUCUGCAAACUAUACAAGUAUUUCAAGGCUUAGAAAUACAAAUUGAUUUGAAGUAUACAUGUAAUGAUUUAUGCAUAAAAACUUUCAAUUAAUGGUCUUAAAUACCAUGUAGCUUUUGAUAUUAGAUCUGUAGCACGUGUUGUGAUCUGUCCUUUUAUAUAGAAUUAUCGUAGAACAAUAAAAUAUUUAUUUUCUUUCUCA